CACAAAAAAGCCAUAGGCGGAUUUUUUUUAAACAGCACCGGCAACAUCAUCGUACCCCGCUCCCUUCUUCCUCUCCACCACCCUUCUUUUCCUUAUUUCCAUAUACCCUUUCCUCUCCUCCUCCUCCCCUUUCCUCCGAACCCAGGAAAGGAUAAAGACAACACAAUGUCAAUGGAAGCCAUAUCGCCUUUAAUCGUGUGCGAUGCAUUACGCAAACGAUCAGCCAAGUUCCAGAUUCAAAUGGUCGAAGAUCAUACCACCACCGACGAAAACGACUUUUACCAAAGUCUGCAUCGCCAUUCGAUACUGCAUCGACUUGUUCUGUUGCGGCCGUUCCCGCAUUGCUUAACGCUCGAUACGUGGUAUCGCAUUGACCUGGAGGUGGUCAACGAGCUAGGACUAUCGCUCAAGGGCGAUCGAAACGCUAGCUGCCGCAUGCACAUAAGCUGCCAGCUAUUUGUAGUGGACACGGAUCGCGGUGGUUUAGUGCGCGCUCCUCCGGAACUAGAGCUGUCAUAUCGCCCUCUUCAAGUCGAUGCAUGGGACAGCAGCUCCCUUGCCGUGGCCGACCAGCCUGGGUUUCACCACAAUGGACAAGGUGGCAUUGAAAUCAAAGUAAGCCUCAUCCAGGAUGCGCGCUGCAUGAUGCAGUAUACGACAAAAGCAAAAUAUCUGGUACGCAUUGCUCCCGUAAGCAAUGCUUACCAAACUGUCGACGCUCUUCCGUUGACUUUGGGUUCUCUAGAGCUCAAGAAGAAGCCUCCAAAGAUGCUAGCAACAAAUGCAAUUGAGUGGAACAUGGGCGGCAAUGAAAACAUUCGUAGCGAUACAAUUUAUCGGAUGUUUGAUCUAUCAAGUUUGCACCGGUUUGGCGGUGGCGAAUCGGAUACAACAACGGUGUCAUCACCUUUGUCACCAUCACCAGCAACAAUGGCAGCGUUAGACGACCGAUACUUUGUUGUUAAGGAGAUAUGGAAAAUGGGGACGCCAGGAAAGAUUUGGGACUCGGCGUUAGUGCUAUCCGACAUGUUUGCGAAAAAAAUCAUGCAGGAACCAACAUGCUUGGAUGGCAAGCAUGUGCUUGACUUGAGUGCCGGUACCGGCUGUAUCGGCUUGCUGCUUGGUUUGCUGCUACGUCGGUCCAGACCACAACAUACUUGCCGCCUGACGCUGACUGAUUUGCCAGAAGCUCUUGGUCUGAUCCGCGAAAACCACCGCCUGAAUGCUGGCAACAACAGCAACCAGUCGGACCAGCACAUUCACAUUGAAAAGCUGUGCUGGGGCAGUGCAAAAGAAGCCAAACAUUUGAUGAAACAGCAGGGUGGAGGACCGGAUAUUGUUCUGGCGAGUGAUGUGCUGUACGAUCCAAAGUGCUUUCCGUUGCUCGUCAGCACCUUGAAAGCCCUUUGUGUGCCUGGCAAGACCGUCGUUUAUCUGGGCUACAAGCGUCGUGGUCUCAAACGCGAAGAUGAAAACAUGUUUUUCAAUAUGGCCAAGGAAAGUUUCGACAUUUCGGCUGUACCCAACAUCGACGAUCUAGGAAGUCCAUUAGAGGCGGUAGGAUGGGAAAAACAGAACGGCUUCAUGAAAAGAAACUACCUGACGAUGGAUGGACGAGGUUGGCUCGGACCGGCAGGUUGUAGUUCGGACAUAUUUGACGAAGCAAGACAGGAAGGCAAGGUUAUCAUCUAUCGCUUGGUCAAGAUUGUUUGAAGUGGUGAAAUAUCUACGUAAUUUCCUUUCCUCCCACUCUUAUCCAAAUUGCUCUUUUACCCCCACGAUGGAUAUCAUAUUCCCCCCUG